CAGAGAUCUUCUCAGUGCCACUUGGUACCUGGCCAGCAAUAAUUUAUUUUUUUCAAAACCUUUUCUUUAACACUCACUCCUUUUAGAGAGAGAAAGGGAGAGAGAGAGAGAGAGAGGAUUUUGUAGUGUAGAGCUCUGUUUGGACUUUGGAGGGAAAAUAUUUGCAGAGCAGCUCAAAACAGAGGAGGGGCAGAAACUUUGAGCAGAGAGAGAGAGAGAGAGAGAGAGAGGAAAUGGUGGAAAGAGAGAACGGGUUGCAUGGAGACCCAAGGCUGCAAGGAAUAUAUGAAGCCAUUAGAGUUGUUCCUCAUUUCCCAAAAGCAGGGAUAAUGUUUCAAGAUAUCACGACACUUCUACUCGAUCAUAAGGCUUUCAAAGACGCUGUUGACAUAUUCAUUGACCGUUACAGAGAUAUGGACAUCUCUGUUGUGGCUGGAGUUGAAGCUAGAGGAUUCAUGUUUGGCCCUUCAAUUGCCUUGGCUAUUGGUGCAAAGUUUGUUCCCCUACGUAAACCCAAAAAGUUGCCAGGUGAAGUGAUAUCGGAAGAUUAUGUGUUGGAAUAUGGAACUGAUUGUCUACAGAUGCAUGUUGAGGCUGUUCAGCCUGGGGAGCGUGCAUUAAUCAUUGAUGAUUUGGUAGCCACUGGUGGGACCCUUUCUGCUGCAAUUAGACUUCUGGAACGUGUGGGGGCUGACGUAGUUGAGUGUGCAUGUGUUAUUGGGUUGCCUGAGAUCAAGGAAGAACGAAGGCUAAAUGGGAAACCAUUGUAUGUACUUGUGGAGCCUCGCCUAUAGAACUUGUUUGUUGAGCAUUGGGUUUUUGAAUCAUGCUUUUCUUGGAACUGCUGUUGAGUGUGCUUAUCCCAAAAAAAAAAAAAGGCAACUGCUUCUGAGUGUAUACACUCUCCCACGAACAUCAUUCUUCUGAAUGGGAUGACUGCCUUUUUUGGACGUGGAACAUUUUGGUUUUUGAGACUCAAGUGCUAGGGAAGCACUUCUUAGUUCCUUAUUCAUUUUCUUCUGUUCCAUUUUAUGAAUAAUAACUACAGUAAUAAAAAGUGACUUUUGUGGUUGGCUAUGAAAUUAUUAUUGUCAGCAAAUCAGAUUGAUAUGGUUAUUUAUGGCCUUUUCUCUGGGUGGUUUUGAUGGUUAUGCCACACUUAGUGAGAGAAGAUAGUGCAAGGACUAAAUUGUUGAGUUUGAGUUCCAUUGCUGCUUGUCAAUUUUUUUGUCUCUUGUACUAUUGUCUGCAUUCUGGUAGCGAACCAAGUUCUUGUGCCACUGCAUAGCUAGUCAGUUCUAAGAAGGAAGAUGCUGCAUAAAUUCCCAAGAAGACCAUUAGAGAUUUCUGUUCUAACAAUUGAGGUUAUUCACUGGAGCAUAGUGUAUAAUUUGAUUUGCAAAGUCUAUGAUUCAUUGCAGGUGAGAUUACCUCUGCAUUAUUUUAGUUGGCCAUAAGGUUUAGAGCAUUCCUACCCUGUACAGAAAUUAGCUAGUCGUUGAGCUGCACCUUGUGUAUGGCCCAAAUUUCAAGUGUGUACAAACUACAAAUCAUCUUAGCCAGAACUUGGGUUUCUUCUUGUCAUGACGAGGUUCUUUUUUUUCUUUUUAUUUUUUUUUUGGGGGGGAGGGGGGGGAGGGGUGUGUGGACUACACAAGCCGUGAGGAUAUUUUCUCUGGUCAUGAUGGCUGGAUUUGUUAUAGCACCCCCAUAGCUCCACCCCAUAAUCUAAACACACCACACACACAGAAUCUGGUUAGAUGAUUAUGAUGAAGAGCUUUGUAUAAAGGAUAAAGCAGGGUUUCCCACCCAAAAAUAAAUAAAUAAAGCAGCGCAGCAUUGGAAAGUGACUUCAGCUUGUUAACUCGAGUAAGGAUUGAUAAAGAUGACCAGUAGUGUUGUACAGAUGCCUCAACAGCCUUUUGGACCACCUUCAUAUAAAUUUGCGACAUGGUAGAAUGAAUCUCUCCUCUCACAUCUCGUCUUUCCUCUUGGGUCGAGUACAUCAUAUUGAUUAAGAAGUCAACUCGGAAUUAAAUCCUUUCAACUGCCACUUUGGCAUGUUCAGGUACAUCCUUCUUCCUAGCCUCCUCUCAGUUGCAAUCUGAUUGGGGUAUUGACACAGUGCAUUUGCACAGAUUACAGGUGAGACUAGAUUAUUUCUUCCUUUAUUAGUUUGUUAAGAGUUAUUCUGUUCCAGGCUGAGGUUGGAAUUGUUAACCCUACCUACAUUUCAUUUGUGUUUGGUGCCUUUUUACCUAAAUUCUCAGUUCUUUAUUGAUUAGCAAACUUAACUGUGCUGUUGAUUGUUCUGCAAUUGUUACAUUCUUUCUUUGUUUUUCAGAAUCUCAAGAAAGAACAGGAUGACUGGUGGCGUUACAAGUCAAAAUGAUGUUUGCUGUCUUCUUAAACAAACACUCAGCAAAAGGUGCUGUUGCUAUCCGGUCCAAGCUUCAGUGUUCUACCCUUCAGAGCUAUUCUUCACUUUGGGCCAUCCCUCUCUUUGAAAAUUAGAACUUCUUGUUGCAUAUCUGCAAUCAAUUUCUUAUCUGAAAGUCAGAUUCCGGCGAACUUGGAACACAUCACUAGUGAAUAUUUGGUCAUUGGGGUGGGAGAAGAAGUUUGGCCCCUCUAUUUACAGUUUAGUCAUAUGUAUUGGGUAGUUGUUAGGUACCUACAAUUCAAUUGCUUUGUCAUGUUUUAAUAUGAUAGUUCCAGUGGCAUGUAUGUAUGAAUCUGAAUUUUUAUCUGUGUUCAAGCUGUUUAAUUAAGAGAACAAAGUUCAAUUACCAAGGAGAAAAUAAGUGUAUAUUUAAAUAA